AUGUUAGAAAAUUACCAACCAACCAAAUUAAACCUCGAAGGCCUAUUAAUUGACCUAGUAGAAACCAAGACGGGAAAGCAAUUUCUUUCUUGCCAACUAGAUGGACAACACUAUCGCGGGUUCAUUAUUGAGAAACGAACCAUCACGGAACAGGGAGGAUAUAAUAGCGAGCGUAUUAACAAAUUCACUUACUUAAAGCCUUGUAAUUGGGAAG